AUGCCCUCGGACGACAUGCCCUCGGACGACAUGCCCUCGGACGACAUGCCCUCGAACGACUCGCGGCUCUUGCCCGUUCUCGUCGACGAAAUCGCCGCCGCCGACCCUACUCGCCCUUACGUCUUCCAGCCCGUCUCCCGCCACCCUCGGGACGGCUGGGCCCCCGUCACGUUCGGCGAGCUCGCCAACGCCAUCAACCACGUGGCGCACCUCAUCGCCGCCACCGUCAAAAAGGACAGCCCGGCCGCCUUCCCCACCCUCGCCUACGUCGGUCCCUUCGACGUGCGCUACGGCAUCGUCGUCCUCGCCGCCGUCAAGGCCGGCUGCCGAGCCCUGCUGCUGUCCCCGAGAAACAGCCUCCAGGCCCAUCUCUCCCUGCUCCAAGCCACCGACUGCCACCACGUCUGGUACGCCGACUCGUUCCAGCCCACCGUCGAGCCGUGGACUCGCGAACGCGCCAUGGCCGCUUGGGCCGUCCCCUCUCUCCGAGAGUGGCUCGACGCACCGCCCCAGCGCUUCCCGUACCAAAAGUCCUUCGAGGAAGCUCGCUUCGACCCCAUCGUCGUCCUGCACACCAGCGGCUCGACCGGCCUCCCGAAACCCAUCACCGUCAAGCAGGGCAGCAUGGCCCUGGCCGACAAGUUCAGGGGCUUGCCUAGUUUUCGCGGCGGGGACUUCUUCAUGAAAAAAUUGGCCGACGCAACCACCAAGCUGUUUUCCCCCUUUCCGCCAUUCCACAUGGGGGGCCUCUUCAGCGCCGUUCUUCCCUUUCCCAUAUACUAUGGUGUUCCUGCGGCUUUGCCACCUGCGGAUCGGCCUAUAACGCCAGAUUUGGUCUUGGAGUGUCUCGAGCAUGCCGGGGCUGAUGGAGCCGUUCUGCCGCCCUCCCUUAUCGAAGAGCUGGCCAUGAUGGAACACGGCAGAGAGGCACUCGAGAAGCUGGCAGCGCUUGCCUUUGGUGGAGGCAACUUGGCCAAGACGGUGGGCGACAACCUUGUCAAACACGGUGUCCAGCUAAUCAACGGCAUUUCUUCUACCGAAUUCAUGCCGUAUGCUCUCUUUCACCAGCCGGAUCCUACGCUUUGGCAGUACUUCAUCUUCAACAGCCAAGUAAUGGGUGCUGAAUGGCGACCGUACGACCCGGCCAACAACUUAUUCGAGCUGACCGUUCGCCGCAAGGAUCCCAACGACCCGCUCGAUCAACCAGCGUUUUACGCCUUCCCCGACCUGACCGUCUUCUCUACCGGGGACUUGUUUCGGCCGCAUCCCACGCUCAAGGACCACUGGAUCCACCAAGGACGGGCUGACAAUGUAAUUGUCUUUUCAAACGGCGAGAAACUCAAUCCCGUUACGAUUGAAGACGGAGUCUCCAAUCACCCCCAAGUCAAGGCUGCUUUGGUCGUCGGACACAAUCGAUUCCAACCAGCCUUGCUCUUGGAACCGCACACGCACCCGAAAUCGAAGGAGGAGGCGGACAGCUUUAUGGAAAACGUCUGGCCCGUGAUUGAGCAACUCAACAAAGAGACGGUCGCUCAUGGACGCAUCCCUCGCGAGCUCGUGGCUCUUUCCGACCCUGAUGUACCGUUCCCACGUGCUGAAAAGGGAACUGUCCAGAGAGUGGCGGCAGUUCGGGCGUAUGAGCAGCGUAUUGACGAUAUGUACCGGAAAGCCGAAGCUGCUGGCGCCGGAAACCACCAGGCUAUGAAGCUCGACACCGAGGAAGCGGUGCUCGAGUCCAUCGUGGCGAUGCUGGACAAGAUCGGUGCCAGAGGCUUGGAGCCCAACACGGAUUUUUUCACUGCCGGAGUCGAUUCGCUUCAGGUGAUGAACCUGUCCAGAGCGUUGAGAGUAGGCUUUCGCGCAGCGGGGGUAGCCGUCGACGACGCUGCUGUUGCGCCUCGCGCUAUUUAUGCGAACCCGUCGCCUGGUCAGCUUGCCAGGUAUCUUUACGCCUUGGUUCAUGGGGAUGGCGCGUCCGAGUCUGAACCGAGUGAAGCGGCCACGUGGCAGCAGUUGGUUUCAACAUAUACGGAGAACCUGCCCCUUCCCAGGGCCGGGAAGCCCAAGCCGUUGGAUCAAGGACAGACAGUCAUCCUCACCGGCAGUACCGGCUCCCUCGGAGCUUACAUGUUGGACGUGCUCUGCCAGUUGCCGCACGUCAAGUCAGUGAUUGCCCUGAAUCGCGGCCAGGACGGCGGCGAAUCCAGACAGCCACAUGUGAGCAGUGAGCGUGUCCUCGGCACCGACUUUUCCAAGGUCGAGUUUCUCAGCUCCGACCUCUCCAAACCUGAUCUGGGACUGGGAGAAGCCAGGUACAAGCGACUGCUCGACACGGCCGAUCGCAUCGUUCACAACGCCUGGCCAGUCAACUUCAAGAUGAACGUCCGGGUAUUCGAACCGUUUGUUCGGGGCGUGAGACACCUCGUAGACUUUUCAAGUGCGGCCGUGAAGCAAGUUCCCAUCAUCUUCGUGUCCUCCAUCGGUACAACGAUGAACUGGAACUCUGCGUCUGGAAAGGUCCCCGAGGUUCAACUCACAGAUCCUGCCUUGGCGCAGAUGGGCUACGGCAUGUCCAAGCUGGCAGCAAGCUUGAUUCUCGACGCCGCCGCAGAGCAGUCUGGUGUCCCGGCAGCCUCAAUCCGGGUUGGGCAAGUCGCCGGAUCGCGCCGCGCAAAAGGAAGGUGGAACUUGCAGGAAAUGAUACCCAGCAUGAUUGCUAGUUCUGUUCAUCUGGGCAUUCUCCCCGUGAAUCUUGGCCCGUUGGACGUGGUGGAAUGGAUGGCGGUUGAAGACGUUGCUGGAAUCAUCUUGGACAUUGCCGGAAUCACCCAAGGGAAGGAGGUGUCCGAUAUAAGCGGGUAUUUCAACUGCACCAACCCCCGAGCAGUCAAAUGGCCAGACUUGGCCGUUGUCGUCAAAGACUUUUACGGUGGACGCAUACGCGAGCUGGUCAGCACGGAAGAGUGGAUCUCCACGCUGGAGAAGAGCGCGACUGAUGUUUCCAACAUCGACAAGAACCCGGCCAUCAAGUUGUUGGACACGUAUCGAGGGUUUGCCGCUGGCCAAAAGGCCGGGAUAGAAAGCACCCGUUUCGAGACGACAAGGCUGGAGAGUCAGAGUCGGACGGCGGCAAAUAUGGGCCCCGUUACGCCGCAGCUGAUGCAGAAUUGGUGCUCUCAGUGGGGGUACUGA